UAUGGAGGCAGGAAAAGAAAUGGCAGCACGUUGCUUAAGCCAGGCAACUGAAGAAAAACUGGAUGUUGGCGUGAGCAAUGUUUCAGACUUUCCUCUUCUGACUGAUGAAACGUUUGAUUUUGACCUUUCACUCUCUCCAGCAAGUGGAAAUGAAGAUGAAGUUUUUGUUGGACCUUUAGGACACAAAGAAAAAUGUAUUGCUGUCAAUAUUGAAGAAACAAAAAGUGCUGAAAAGACCAUGCCUGUUUCUGAUGAUAAACUCCUCUGGAGCCCCCUUACAGGAGAGAAAUAUGUGGAAAUUUUCAAAGAAGCUCGUUUGUUAGCACUGCAAAUUGAGACUGGAAGCAAGAAUCAACAAACUAAAAUUAACCAAAUGGAAGAACAUGAAAACAAGAUCAUAGAAAAAUUCGUGGAGGACUCAAAGUCAAAACUGAAAAUACUGAGAAACCAAACUAUAGAGAUAAGUCCUAGGGCUGUUAAGAGGGAGACUUACUGUGUGUGGGAUAGCCCAGCGUGUCAGCUGCCACAGUGUUUUCAGAAGGAAUCGGAUAAACAUUUAUCAGAUGAUAAAACUCAUGGCCUUCCUACUCCUCCAAACAGAAGCCCUGUUCAAAUGUGUGUAUCUGCUGAAGAAAUUGCCAGCUCAUCUCUGACACAGGAACAGAAAACUAAUGAAAGAAAUACAAAGGAAACUGGCAAGCUGCCAGUGGCACAGCCUUCAUCCACUCUUGGGAAAAGCAAUUUGUUGACUAUUGAAAAGGCCAAACCAGGAAAACAUACUAAUAUUUCUGCAAAGAGAGACAUGAGCAGUGUGGGAUCAUCUGAAGAGCUGAUUUCUGAUAAAUCCAGUGUUCCUUCAGAUGUUUUUGAGUCUUCAGUCAGUAGCAGUUCCUCAAUGCAAGACAAAAAAGCCCUUCCUGCACAAAGUAAGCUUGGCUUAAAGAAGAUAACACAUCUGAAACUUCCUGGUGUUGCCAGUGGUCUCCCAAGAAAGACGACUACAUCAUCAUCAUCUUCAUCAGUUACCAGCAUGAACUCAAGCCUUAAUUCAAGUUUACCCAUUUCUCCCAUAGGAAAAAAUGGGAAAUUGAGCUUGUCUUCAAAAGCCAAUGUGUGCGGCUCUAAGCUUUCAUCUAGCACAAACAGGCUGUCCUUUGUCAGACCCACCAGAGUGUCAUCUCUGCAGGCUGCCAACACUGAGAAAUCCACGAAGCAAGAGAGAUCAGCUAGUACUCCCAAAAUGCCUAAACCUGUAAGCUUGGCUAAAUCUUCAGCUUCUUCAACAUCAUCUGAGGCUGUAGGCAGUGGAAUUCAGAGGCUGAGCUCUGUCCCCAGUUUGCAGAAGCUGGGUCAGCAGAAUAAAGAUGGAAAUGCAACAAAAGGAAGCCUGUGUCCAAAGCCCAGGGCUAGAGUUCUGUCUGUUCCUACAAGUCAAACUAAGGUUCCAGUGAAGACUGGAGAUACACCAAGCAAAUCGGCACCAAAAGCAGCACCAUCUCUUGGAUUAACAUUUUGUGGCACUCCUGGAAGUGCCAUGGCAGUCAGCACUCCUGUGAAAGCCUCAGAAGAUGGAAUCUUUCAGAAUUUUUGUCUUCCUGAGAGGUCAGUCUCCAUGACUCCUGCCAGUCUGAAAAGGUCUGGCUUACCUACACCCCUUCGUCGCAUCUCAGGAUUUCCACCAGUGACCCCCAAAUCUGCACCAAGAAUGUCAUUCUCUUCACAUGCUGCAUCUGUUGACCAAAGUUCCAGAUUUUCUACUAAGAAGACUCUAACAUCUGGUAAAAAACAGACAAAAGAGAAUAAGACAUGGAUAUCUUCUGAAGAAGAUGAUGUAUCUCUUCCUCCUGUGCUACCUCUUGCACUUAACUUCUCACCAGAAAAAAAUCCUACAGAAGUAGGAGAAAAUGAAUCAAGAGAGGCUGAAGUACAAAAUCAGGUGCCUGAAGAGAAACAAACAGAGGCACUGCUAGUAGAUAUUGAAGUAGACAAAUCUCUCCCACACGCUUUGGAAUGUGAAAGUAGACCUCUGAUUGAUCUUUCCAAUACUCCUGAAGUGAAUAAGAUCACUCCUCUAAAGCCCAUAUUCUCAGGGCAGGUAAAGCUAAUUGAUUUGAGUUCACCUCUUAUCACUCUGAGCCCUGAUGUAAACAAAGAAAAUCUGGAUUCCCCUCUGCUCAAGUUCUGAACUCGAGUUUACACAAAUUCUUGGCAUCUGUGAUCUUUUAAGUGUUUAGGUGGUAUUCUUCACCCAUACAGGUUUUUCAAGGAUGGCUAUAGAUUAUCUGAUGAACUCCAUUAACAGAAUAGUUAACAGUCUUGAUUUAGUCAACGAGUUUGUUUUAAUGGUUCUGUUCAUGGAUGUGCUGCAAUGGAUGUAUUUAAGCUCUGUUGUUCUAAGAGCAGGGAUAUUCCCUGCGUUGGAAGCCUGUCUCCUACAAAUUGUCCUUUG